AAUAAAACCCAAAAUUAAUAAAAACCCAAUCAGUAAACACAAAUCAAUAAACCUCAAAUCAAUAAACCCAAAUUAAUAAAGACGGAAAUCAAUGAAACCCGAAUCAAUCAAUCCCAAAUCAAUAAAAUCGUUCAAUUUCCAGAAAUUAAACUUUUUUUUCAACCUGCGGGCCCCACCCCGCGCUGUCAUUGCCCCUUUAAGGCCUCCCCUUUUUCCGCGCCGUCGCCGCUUUAAGAGCAAGCACCGCCCACACGCCCGGCGCGCGGCGCUUCCGGUGUCUCUUAAAGGGGCCGCGAUGGGCGCGGGGCGGGCGCCGCCGCCGCCGCCGCCGCUCUUCCUCCUCCUCCUCCUCCUCCUCCUGGGCCUGUUCGCCGCCGGCGCCGCCGCUCGAUGGGUGGCGACCCCCGAGACGGUGCGCCCCCGCGUUGUGCGGGAGCAGGUGCUGUGGGUGAGCGGGGGGGCGCAGCCCCCGGGGGUCCCGUCCCCCCCUUUUCCCGGGGGGGCCCCGCCGUUGUCGCCGCCGUUCCGGGGCGGGGUCCACACGUUCCGGGUGCCGCUGCUGGCCGCGCCCGCCGGGGGGGCCCUGCUGGCCUGCGCCGAGGGCCGCAAGCGCUCGGCCGCCGACGUGGGGGCCAAAAUCAUCGCGUGCCGCCGCUCCCCCGACAGAGGUGCCACCUGGGGUCCCACGCAGGUGGUGGCCGAUGACGGCUGGGGGGGGGACGGGCUGAGCCUGGGGGCGCUGCUGGCGCCCGGGGGGGGGCAGGAGGUGCUGCUGCUCUUCGCCCGCUGCGCCCACCCCCCCCAGGCCUGCGGCCCCCCCAGCACGCUCCUGCUGCGCUCCCCCGACGGGGGGCGCUCCUGGGGACCCCCCCAGAACCUCUCGGACGUCGUGGGGGGGGAGGUGUUCGCCCCCGGGCCCGGCUCGGGCAUCCAGAAGCAGCUGGCUCCGUUCCCAGGCCGCCUGGUGUUCUGUGGGCACGGCACCCUGGAGCGGGACGGGGUCUCGCUGCUGCUCAGCGACGAUGGGGGGCGCAGCUGGCACCGGGGGGGGGGUCUGCCCGCCAUCCCCUUCGGGGCCCCCCGGCGCCCCCACGACUUCACCCCCGACGAGUGCCAGCCCUACGAGCUGCCCGACGGCUCCAUCGCGGUCAGCAUCCGCAACCAGGGCUGGUACCGGUGCCGGUGCCGCAUGCGGGCCCGCAGCUGGGACGGGGGCGAGUCCCUGUCCCCCGCCAGCGUCGCCCUGGAGCCGCAGCUGCCGGACCCGGCCGUGGCUGCCGGGGCCCUGGCGCUGCCCCAGCACCGGCUGGUGCUGUUCAGCAACCCCGCGCCACGAGACCGAGCGUUCCGCUUUGGGGGGGUGAAGGAAGCGGCAGGGGGCGCGGCUUGCGUGAACCUGACGCUGCGCUGGAGCUUCGACAACGGCACCACGUGGUGGGGGCAGGGCCUGCGCGUGUGGGAGGGGCCCAGCGGGUACUCGACGCUGGCGGCCCCGCCCCCCGAAGAAGAAGGCCCCGCCCCCUUGGUGUACCUCAUCUACGAGAAGGGGCGGAGCCUCUCCACCGAGACCGUCUCAUUGGCCACCAUCAGCCUGUCGGGAGACCUCUGACCCCGCCCCUCGCGCGCGCAAUAAAGGGAUUGGUUCAGA